CCCAUCAUGGUUGUCGCCUUCCUGGGCUUUGCCGUGCUCUGCCUCCACGCCGCCGCCUGCGAGCAGCCCCUGGAAGGGCCGGGCCCCCCCUUGGCCUGGGGCUUCACGCACCCCGUCUACAAUGCCACCAUCUACGAGAACUCGGCCCCCAGGACCUACGUGCAGAGCCUGGCGAGGAUGGGCGUGCGCCUGGGGGCGGCCGGCUGGGCCGUGCGCUUCCGCAUCGUGGCGGGGGACGCGGCCGGCGUGUUCAAGGCGGAGGAGCAGGUGCUGGGCGACUUCUGCCUCCUGCGCAUCCGGACCCGGAGCAGCAGCGCGGCCCUGCUGAACCGGGAGGUGCAGGACAGCUACGACCUGGUGGUGCAGGCCACGGAGGGCACCCAGCCGCAGGACGCCCUGGCCCGGGUGCGGGUCCGCGUGCUGGACCAGAACGACCUGAAGCCGCUCUUCUCCCCGCCCUCGUACCGGGUCACCAUCUCCGAGGACACGCCGCCCCGGACGCCCAUCUGCAGGGUGACGGCCACCGACGCUGACCUAGGCCAGAACGCCGCCUUCUACUACGCCUGGCGCGCCCGGCCCGAGGCCUUCGCCCUGCACCCCACCAGCGGCGUGGUCACCGUGGCCAGGAGGCUCAACGCCACGUGGCGGGGCAGGCAUGAGCUGCAGGUGCUGGCUGUGGACCGCACGAGGAAGCCCUCUGAGGGCGCCAGGGCAGGCAGCCUGGCCCCGCUGCUCAUCCAUGUGGAGCCGGCCCCCCGGCGGCCACCGGCCAUUGUCUCGGUGCGGGUGGCCCCGCUGGGUGGCAGCGAGGAGGCCACUUACGCCACCGUCAUGGUAGACGUCAACGGCUCGGGCGCCCACGUGGACGCCCUGGACAUCGUGGACGGGGACCCCGGGCGGCUCUUCAGGGCCGUCAGGUCCUCCUACACCCGGCGCGGUGAGUUCCGGCUGGUGGCCACCAGGGACAUCGACUGGCUGGAGCACCCGCACGGGUUCAACCUCAGCCUCCAGGCCCGCGGCGGCGGCCAGCCCCCCUCCCAGGUCAGGGCCUUUCACCUGCCCCCCUGGACGCUGGCGCCCCUCACCUUCGAGCAGGCGGCGUAUCAGGUGCGGCUGAGCGAGUGCUCCCCGCCCGGCAGCCGCGUGGCCUUGGUGAGGGUCAGCCACGCGCCCCCCGGCCUGCGCUACCUGCUGCAGCCCAGCCCCGAGAGCGCGGGCUUCAGACUUGACGCCGACACUGGGCUGGUGUCCACCACCAAGCGCCUGGACAUCCGGGCCCACGCCCAGCACCAGCUCCUCAUCAGAACCGACCCGGGUCUGGCCACCGCCACAGUGGCCGUGGACCUGGUGGACUGCAACGACCACGCCCCCGUCUUCAGCAGGCCUUCCUACGAGGCCGCCUUCGACGAGAACGUCCCUCCCGGCACCAGCGUCUUGACGGUGGCCGCCACGGACCUGGACCUCGGGGACAACGGCCACAUCAGCUUUGCCAUCGCUGGCCCCAGGCCUGUGCCCUUUUCCAUCGACCCUGACCUGGGGGUCAUCGCCACCUCCGCGCCCAUGGACUACGAGCUCAUGCAGAGAAUCUACACCUUCCGCGUCCGGGCGUCCGACUGGGGGUCCCCGUUUCGCCAGGAAAAGGAGGUGUCUGUCUCACUGAGGCUCAGGAACCUGAAUGACAACAGCCCCAUGUUUGAGGCCGUUAACUGCACGGGGUCCAUCCACCAGGACUGGCCGGUGGGGAAGCCACUGGCCACCCUGUCGGCCAUAGACGUGGACGAGCUGCAGAACCUGAGGUACGAGCUUGUGGGGGGCAACGAGCUGGGGCUCUUCGACCUCCACCCGCUCUCCGGGGUGGUCUCCCUCAAACGCCCGCUUCCGCAUCAGGCGUCUCGGCGACCCGCCAACUACUCCCUGAGGGUGACGGCCUGGGACGGGGUGCACCGGGCCCCGCCCACCCUGCUGAGCGUGGCUGUGGUGCAGGACGCCGGGCAGGAGGAGCCCGUGACCUGCCAGCAGACAGGCGCACUGGCGCUCUUCACCAGGGCCGUCCUCCACGCGGUGGGGCUUGGGGGCCCGCAGCCGGAUGACCAGGAGGACAUCCCGCCCUUGAGCGCCUACCAGGUCAACCGCCACACCCCCCAGUUUGCGGACCGCUCCCCGCUGUCCAUCGACGUCCUGGAGCGCGCCCCCCUGCACACGUCCCUGGCCCGCCUGGCGGCCUCCGACCCCGACGCGGGCGCCAGCGGCCACCUGGUCUACGUGAUCGCGGACGGCAACGAAGAAGGCCGCUUCGACAUCGGGCUGGAGUCAGGGCUGCUGACGGUGGCGGCCCCUCUGGACUACGAGGUCACCCGCUCCUACGUGCUCAACGUGACCGCGUCCGACCUGGGCACGCCCCAGAAGGCCUGCUGGAGGCUGCUGACCGUGAACGUGAGAGACUGGAACGACAACGCCCCCAGGUUCCCGCCCGGCGGCUACCAGCUGACCAUCCCGGAGGACACGGGGGUGGGAGCCACUGUCGCGGAGCUGAAAGCCAGAGACGCAGACUCCGAGGGCAACGGGCGGGUGCGCUACAGCCUGCUCAGCCCCACCGAGACGUUCUCCCUCCACCCCCUCACCGGGGAGCUGGUGGUCAGCGGGCGCCUGGACCGGGAGUCGGAGCCGCAGCACGUGCUCCAGGUGGAGGCCCGGGACCAGCCGCAGGACGGCCCCCAGCUCUUCGCCAUUGCCGACCUGACGGUCACGCUGGAGGACGCUAACGACAACUCCCCCCAGUGCAUCCCAGAGCUCAGCCGCCUCAAGGCCCCCGAGGACCUGCCGCCGGGGACGGUCCUGACCUUUCUGGACGCCGCAGACCCCGACCUGGGGGCAGCGGGAGACGUGCGCUUCACACUGCUGGAUGACGCCCACGGAACCUUCCGCGUGGAGCCGGCCACCGGCGCGCUGAGCCUGGAGCGGGAGCUGGACUUCGAGAGGCGCGCCGCGUACAACCUCAGCCUCUGGGCCAGCGACGGCGGGUGGCCGCUGCCCCGCAGGACGCUCUGCCACGUGGAGGUGACGGUCCUGGACGUGAACGAGAACCUCCACCCGCCCCGCUUCAGCGCCUUCGUGCACCAGGGCCAGGUGCAGGAGAACAGCCCGGCGGGGACCCCGGUGCUGGCCGUGCCGGCCCAGGACGAGGACAGCGGCGUGGACGGGGAGGUGCGGUACUGGCUGCGCGCCGGCUCCGGCCUCACGGCCUUUGGCAUCGACCAGGACACAGGCAUGAUCCACACCCUGGCCGCGCUGGACCGAGAAGCGGCGUCCUGCUACUGGCUGACCGUGCUGGCGGUGGACAGGGGCUCCCAGCCCCUCUCGGCGGUCACCGAGGUCUACAUCGAGGUCACGGACGUCAACGACAGCCCGCCCCGCAUGUCCAGGCCCGUGUUCUACCCCUGUGUGCCAGAGGACGCCCCCCCGCACACCUCGGUGCUCCAGCUGGACGCCGAGGACGCCGACCCCAGCUCCCAGGGGAAGCUGACCUUCAACAUCACCGGCGGGAACCAGCAGGGGCUCUUUGCUCUCCACCCGCUCACAGGUCUGCUGACCACGGCCCGGCGGCUGGACCGCGAGGUGAAGGACGAGCACAUCCUGGAGGUGGCCGUGCUGGACCACGGGGAGCCCCCGCUGCGGUCGGUGUCCCGCGUGGUGGUGUGCGUCCUGGACGUCAACGACAACGCCCCGGCCUUCCCCCACAAGCUGUUCAGCGUGCGCCUCCCCGAGGGCGCGCCGGGGCCCGUGUACCGGCUGGUGGCCGCGGACGCCGACGCGGGCCUCAACGGCGCAGUGACCUACAGCAUCGAGGAGGGCGGCGAGGGGGCCUUUGGCAUUGACCCGGCCACGGGCCUGGUGUCGGCCACGGGCACCUUCAGGGCCGGCGAGUACAACAUCCUCACGAUCAAGGCCACAGACGGUGGGCAGCCCGCGCUCUCGGCCAGCGUCCGGCUGCACGUGGAGUGGGCGCCCCGGCCCCAGCCCUCCUCUGUCCCGCUGGCCUUCGACGAGCCCCACUACAGCUUCACGGUCAUGGAGACGGACCCCGUGACCCACAUGGUGGGGGUCCUCGGCGUCGAGGGCCGCCCCGGCCUCUGCUGGUUCAGCAUCACAGGUGGGGACCACGACAUGGACUUUGACGUCGAGAAGACCACGGGCAGCAUCCUCAUUGCCAGGCCGCUCGACGCCAGGAGGCGGUCCAGCUACAACCUGACCGUGGAGGUGACGGACGGGUCCCAGGCCAUCGCCACCCAGGUCCACGUCACCAUGAUCGCCAACGUGAACCGCCACCGCCCCCAGUUCCUGAAGGCCCACUACGAGGUCAGUGUCCCCCAGGACACGCCGCCCGGCGUGGAGCUCCUGCAGGUCCAGGCCACCGACCCGGACCAAGGCAGGGGCCUCGUCUACACCAUCCAGGGCAGCCAGGACCCAGGCAGCACCAGCCUCUUCCAGCUGGAUCCGGGCAGCGGCGUGCUGGUCACUGUGGGCAAGCUGGACCUGGGCCCAGGGCCCUCCCAGCACACGCUAACAGUGAUGGUCCGAGACCAGGAGAUGCCCCCCAAGAGGAACUUCGUGUGGGUGACCGUCCUCGUGGGGCCCGCCAACUACCACCCGCCCCGCUUCACCCAGCCGCGCUACGUGGCCAGCGCCCCGGCUGACGCGGCCCCCGGCACCGAGCUGCUGCAGGUCCGCGCCGCGGACGGGGACCAGGGAGCUGGCGGCGAGGUCCACUACACCCUCCUCAAAGGGAACAGCGACGGUCUCUUUGACUUUGAUGCCCUCCUGGGCACGGUCACCCUGGCCCGGAAGCCCGAGCAGGGCCAGUACACGCUGACGGUGAGGGCAGAAGAUGGGGGCUCCCCGCCGAAGCAUGACCUGGCCACCGUGGUCAUUGACGUCCACCCCUCGGACAGCAGCGCCCCCACCUUCUCGGAAGCCGAGUACUUUGUGGAGAUCCCGGAGUCCAUCCCGCCGGGCUCCCCGAUCCUGCGUGUCACGGCCGCCAGCCCCUCUGGGGUCACCUACGAGCUGAGGGAGGGCAACAAGGACGGCGUCUUCUCCAUGAACACGUACUCCGGCCUCAUCUGCACCCGCGGGGUGCUGGACCACGAGGCGGUCUCGUCCUACCAGCUGAAAAUCCGCGGCAGCAGCCUGGCGGGCGCGUCGGCGGACGUCUCGGUCCUGGUGUCCAUCCUGGACGAGAACGACCACGCGCCCGAGUUCCUGCAGCCGGCCUUCGUGGGCCGCGUCAGCGAGGCGGUGCCCGCGGGCAGCCUGGUGGCCGGCGAGGGCGGCCAUGGCCCGCUGGUGCUCCGCGCACGGGACGGGGACCGCGACGCCAACGCCCUGCUGGCCUACCGCAUCCUGGAGCCUGAGGCCGCCAGGGCCUUCCGGGUGGACCCCAGCAUGGGCACCCUGAGCAGCGUGGGCGCGCUGGACCACGAGACCACGCCCUCCUUCCGGUUCAGGGUCCAUGUGCAGGACCAGGGCCGCCCUGCGCUGCUGGCACCCGCACCCGCCUGGGUGUUGGUGCAGGUUGCGGACGUGAAUGAUGCCCCGCCCCGGUUCGCACAGCGGCUGUACAAGGCGGCGGUGCUGGGGCCCGCGCACCCGGGCAUGGAGCUGCUGACCGUGCAGGCCCGCGACCCCGACUCGGAGGUCACCUACAGCGUGCGGGCUGGCAACGCUGACGGGGCGCUGGCCGUGCACCCCCGCACGGGGCGCGUGUCCGUGCUGUGGCCCGCCCUCCUGGGCCGCGGCCGCGAGCUGACCCUCGAGGCCUCAGACGGCCCGCACCAGGACAGCGCCCUGCUGAGGGUGACCGUCACGCCCGCCCCAAACUCCAGCCUGCGCUUCGACCGCAGCGUCUACCGGGCGGCGGUGCAGGAGGACGCGCGGACCGUGGGGACCCUGGCGACGCUGGGCGUGUGGGGCCGCCUUCCCAACGACACCCUGGCCUUCGCGCUGCUCAACGGCACGGACCUGUUCCGGAUGGUGCCGACGGCGGGUGUGCUGCAGACGCGCGGCCUGGCCCUCGACCGGGAGCAGCAGGACACGCACGUGCUGGCCGUGGAGGUCAGGGACGACCGCUCGCCCCCGCGGGUGGCCCGGGCACUGGUGUGCGUGUCCGUGCAGGACGCCAACGACCACUGCCCCGAGUUCCAGCACCUGCCCUACGCUGCCGCGGUCCCCGACGGCACGGAGCCGGGCGACGUGCUGCUGCAGGUGUCUGCCACCGACCGGGACACGGGGCCCAACGGCGUGGUCACCUACGCUUUCGUGGAGGACCACCCCUACUUCCGGCUGGACCCCUACCUUGGGGACAUCUCUCUCCGGAAGCCCCUGGACGAGCAGGCGCCCAAUGAGUACCGGCUGCGGGUGCUGGCGCGGGAUGGGGGCACCCCCGCCCUGCAGGCCACGGCAGAGGUGCUGCUGGUCGUGCGCAACGGCUCGCGCCCGCUGUUCCAGAGCCCGGCCUACCGCGUGCGCGUGCCCGAGGACGCGCCGCCCCGCACCCCGGUGCUCCACGCGCAGGCCCGCAGCCCCGAGGGCCACCGGCUCAUCUACAACUUGGCGGAGACCACGACCCCGGCCGGCAUCGCCGUGGACUUCCGGACCGGCGUGCUGACCGUCGCAGGCCCGCUGGACUACGAGUCGGAGCCCAGGCACAUGCUCACGGUGAGGGCCACGGACACGGCGCUGGGCGCGUUCUCGGAGGCCGUGGUGGAGGUGCAGCUGGCGGACGUGAACGACAACGCGCCCACCUUCCCCCAGCGUGUCCAUGCCGCGGCCGUGCCCGAGGGCCUGCCCGCCCACACGCCGGUCAUCCGGCUGCUGGCCUCGGACCGUGACUCGGGGAGGAACCGCGACGUGUCCUACCAGAUCGUGGAGGAUGGCUCCGACGCGUCCAGUUUCUUCCACAUCGACAGGGACACUGGGGAGAUGUCCACCGUUCAGGAGCUGGACUAUGAGACCCGGCAGCACUUCGACGUGAAGGUCAGGGCAGUGGACGGCGGUGACCCCCCGCUCACUGGGGAGACCCUGGUGGAGGUCAGCGUGUCCGACGUCAACGACAACCCCCCCGUGUUCAGGCAAGCGCAGUACGAGGCCAGCGUCAGCGAGCUGGCCACCUGCGGCCACCUGGUCCUCAAGGUCCAGGCUCUGGACCCCGACAGCGGGGACGCCGCCCGCCUGGAGUACCUGAUCCUGUCCGGCAACCGGGACCGGCACUUCUCCAUCAACAGCUCGUCGGGAAUCAUCUCCAUGGUCAGCCCCUGCCACAAGCCUCUGGACGCCUCCUACAGCCUGAGGGUGGGCGCCUCGGACGGGGUCUUCCGGGCCUCGGUGCCCGUGUACAUCAACACCACGCACGCCAACAGGCACAGCCCGGAGUUCCCGCAGCGCGUGUACGAGGCCGAGCUGGCGGAGAACGCAGCCGUGGGCACCCAGGUGAUCGAGCUGCUGGCCACGGACAGGGACAGCGGCCCCUUCGGCGCUGUCCACUACACCAUCAUCAACAAGCUCGCCGGCGAGAAGUUCACCAUCAGCCCCGGGGGCCGGGUGGCCACGCGGCACAAGCUGGACCGGGAGAACGCCACGGAGAGGGUCAUCGCCAUCAAGGUCAUGGCCCGGGACGGGGGCGGCCGGGCGGGCUUCUGCACCGUGAACAUCAUCCUCACCGACGAGAACGACAACCGGCCCCAGUUCCGGGCGGCCGAGUACACCGUGUCGGUGCCCGCCGACGCGGGCAGGGGCUUCCCGGUCAUCCAGGUGCUGGCCCACGACGCCGACGAGGGCCGCAACGCCGACGUCACCUACUCGGUGGACUCCGCGGGUGGCCCGGACCCGGAGGUCGUGGGGGUCAGCCCGACCACGGGGGUGGUCCGGGUGAAGGAGAGCCUGGCGGGGCUGGAGCACCGGGCCCUGGACCUGAAGAUCAAGGCGCAGGACGGGGGCCCCCCGCACUGGGACUCGCUGCUGCGGCUGCGGCUGCAGGUCGUGCCCCGGGAGGCGCCCCUGCCCAGGUUCUCGGAGCCCCUGUACACCUUCUCCGCCCCCGAGGACCUGCCCGAGGGCGCCGAGCUCGGCUCCGUGCGGGCGCUGGCCGCCCCCGACCCGGCCGCCCCUGACCCGGUCAUCUACAGCCUGGUGCCGGGCACCACGCCCGAGAGCAACCGGGACGGCAUCUUCUCCUUGGACCGGAGCUCGGGGCUCCUGAAGGUGAAGAAGGCCUUGGACUACGAGUCCACCAAGUGGUACCAGAUGGACCUGAUGGCCCUCCGGCCCCACAACGGCACCUACUUGGCCUCCCUGGUCUCCGUCAGCAUCCAGGUGAGGGACGUCAACGACAACAGGCCGGCGUUUGAGGCCGACCCCUACAGGGCCAUCCUCGCGGAGAACAUGCCCGUGGGCACCUCGGUCAUCCAAGUGACCGCCAACGACCAGGACACCGGCGAUGACGGCCGGGUGGGCUACAGGCUGCCCGCUGGCCCUGGCAGCGACGCCGACGGGCUCUUUGCCAUCGACGCAGAGACAGGCUGGAUCACCACCCUCCGCGAGCUGGACUGCGAGGCCCGCCGGACCUACCGCUUCUACGUGGUGGCCCACGACCACGGCCAGGCUGUCCAGCUGUCCUCCCAGGUCCUGGUGGAGGUCACCGUGACGGACGAGAAUGACAACCCCCCGCGGUUCACCUCCGAAGACCACCGGGGGUCUGUGGUGGAGAACGGCGACCCCGGGGAGCCCGUGGCCAGUCUGCGGACCCUGGACGCCGACGUCGCUGAGCAGAACCGGCAGGUCACCUGCUACAUCACAGAGGGCGACCCCCUGGGCCACUUCGGCAUCGACCGCGUUGGAGACGAGUGGAAGGUCUUCUCCAGGACGGCGCUGGACCGCGAGCACACGGCCAAGUACCUUCUCAGCGUCACGGCCUCGGACGGCAAGUUCCAGGCCUCCACCCUCGUGGAGGUCUUCGUGCUGGACGUCAACGACAACAGCCCGCAGUGCGCCCAGCUCCUCUACACGGGCAGCAUCAGAGAAGACGCCCCCCCGGGACGCUUCAUCCUGAAAGUCUCCGCCACGGACGCGGACUCGGACACCAACGCCCAGAUCACCUUCUCCCUGCACGGCCCCGGGGCCGACGCCUUCCAGAUGGACCCGCACACAGGGGAGCUGACCACACUCAUGGCCCUGGACCGCGAGCGGGAGGAUGCGUACAGCCUGGUUGCCAAGGCAACGGACGGGGGCGGCCGGUCGUGCCAGGCAGACGUGCACCUGCGGGUGGAGGACGUCAACGACAACCCGCCCCACUUCUUCCCCGGCCACUGCACUGUGGCCGUCUUCCACAACGCCACCGUCAAGACGCCCGUGGCCGUGGUGCUGGCCCGCGACCCUGACCAAGGCGCCAACGCCCAGGUGGUCUACUCUCUGACGGACUCCGCCGAGGGCCGCUUCUCCAUCGAGGCCACCACGGGCGUGAUCCGGCUGGAGAAGUCGCUGCAGGCUGGGCCGCAGGCUGCCCUGGAGCUGACCGUGCGGGCCUCUGACCUGGGCACCCCCAUCCCACUGUCCACGCUGGGCACGGUGACGGUGUCCGUGGUGGGCCUGGACGACUACCUGCCCGCGUUCCUGAGCCCCGAGCACAGCGUGCAGCUGCCCGAGGACGCCCAGCGCGGCACCGAGGUCCUGCAGCUGUCCACCCUCACCCGCCCGGCCGCCCAGAGGGCCGCCUACCGCCUGGUCAGCGGGAACGAGCAGGGCAGCUUCCGCCUGGACACCCACACAGGGGUCCUGUACGUGAACAGGAGCCUGGACUUCGAGACAAGCCCCACGUACUUCCUGUCCAUCGAGUGCAGCCGGAAGGGCGCCUCCGCCCUCAGCGACGUGGCCACGCUCGUGGUCAACAUCACGGACGUGAACGAGCACCGGCCGCGGUUCCCCCGGGCCGCGUACAGCGCGCGGGUGCUGGAGAGCGCCGCGGCGGGGGAGCUGGUACUCACGGUGUCCGCGACGGACGAGGACGGGCCCCUGAACAGCGCCAUCACCUACAGCCUCGUGGGCGGCAACCAGCUGGGCCACUUCGCCAUCCACCCCGAGAAGGGGGAGCUCCGGGUGGCCAGGGCCCUGGACUGGGAGCAGAUUUCGAGCUACUCCCUGCGGCUCCGAGCCACCGACAGCGGGCAGCCGCCCCUGCACGAGGAUGCGGACGUGGCCAUCCAGGUGGUGGACGUCAACGACAACCCGCCCAGGUUCUUCCAGCUCAACUACAGCACCUCUGUCCAGGAGAACUCCCCCACCGGCAGCAAAGUCCUGCAGCUGAUCCUCAGUGACCCCGACUCCCCAGAGAACGGGCCCCCCUACUCAUUCCGAAUCACCCAAGGGAAUGACGGUGCUGCCUUCCGGGUGACCCCGGACGGCUGGCUGGUGACCGCGGCAGGGCUGAGCAAGGCGGUGCGGGACCGGUAUCAACUCCAGAUCGAGGUGUGGGACAGCGGCGCGCCCCCACUCUCGUCCUCCACGGCCGUCAGCGUCCUCGUGGCCGAGCAGAGCCGCUACCCGCCCUCCGCCCUCCCCCUGGAGGUCUUCAUCACUGUGGGGCAGGGGGAGUUCCCAGGCGGCCUGGUGGGGAAGAUUCACGCCACAGACCGAGACCCCCAGGACACGCUGACCUUCGCCCUCGCGGGCGGGGCCCUGGACGGGCGCUUCUCGGUGGGCGCGGCCGACGGCACCAUCCUGGCAGCCCGGGGCCUGCCCUGCGGCCACUACGCCUUCAACGUCUCGGUCAGCGACGGCACCUUCGCGGCCUCCGCGGGUGUCCAGGUGCACGUGUGGCGGGCGGGCGAGGAGGCCCUGCGGCGCGCCCUGUGGCUGGGCUUCGGCCAGCUCGGCCCCGAGGAGCUGGUGAGUGACCACUGGCGGAACCUGCAGCGCUUCCUCGGCCGCCAGCUGGGCGCCCGGCGCGGCCACAUCCACCUGGCCAGCCUCCAGCCAGCGGAGGCCGCGGCGGGGGUGGACCUGCUCCUGGUCUUUGAGGGGCGCUCUGGAAACUUCUCGGAGCUGCAGGAGCUGGCGGCCACCCUCGCCCGCUCGGCCCGGGAGCUGGAGCAGGCGGUGGGCAUUCAGAUGCGCGCGGCCGUGCCCGUGGUGCCCUGCCCGGGGCCCAGCUGCCAGGACCACGCCUGCCGGCACGCGGUGGAACUGGACCCGGCCCCGGGGUCCACCUACAGCACCGCGCGGCUCAGCAUCCUGACCCCGAGACACCGCCUGCGCCGGAGCUGCGCCUGCAACGGCACGGCCGCGAGGUUCAGUGGGCAGAGCUUCGGGCGGUACCGCCUCGCAGGGGCACAGCCCUGGCACGUGCGCUUGCGGCUGAGGACCCUGCAGCCCCGGGCCGUCGUCCUGUCCAUCAACGGGACCUCGAGCGUGUCCCUUCAGCUGCUGGACGGGGCGCUCCGGCUGGAGUACCACUGCCCCGGGGGCGUCCACGCCAACCUGUCCUCCCCGCGUGGCGUGAACGACCAGGAGUGGCACUGGGUGCACAUAGAGGAGACUGGCAACGUGACCCGCCUGCGGGUGGACGGGGCAGCCGGCACCACCCUGGUGCUCCCCGAUAGCUGCCAGGGCCAGGCGCCCCAGCGAGACCUGCUUCUGGGCGGCCUGGCUCCCCCCGGCGCCCGCCUCCACAUCACCCACGGCUUCCAGGGCUGCCUGGAUGCUGUGGCCAUUAAUGGGGAGCCGCUGGAGCUGCUGGCCCCCGAGAGGAGGGCGGGAGGCCUGCUGGAGACCCACACCCUGACCCCCUGCUGCCCACACAGUGGCCUCUGCAGCCAGAACCCCUGUCUCAACGGGGGGCGCUGCACACAGACCCCCGGGGCAGGCUACGCAUGCUCCUGUCCCCCCCAAUUCUCCGGGCAGCACUGCGAGCGGAGGGAGAACUGCUCCUGGGCACCCUGCCCUGAAGGCAGGGCCUGCACCUCCGCCCCCGGGGGCCACCCCUGCACCUGCCCUCACCCCCACACUGGGGACAGGUGUGAGAUGGAGGCCAGGGGCUGCGCGGAGGGGCUGUGCCUGGUCACCCCGGCCAUCAGGAGUGGCGACUGGGGGCUGCAGGAGGCCCUGCUCUUUGCCCUGGUGCCCGCGCUUGCCGUUGGGGCCACCGUGGGGCUGUUGUUGUGCCGUCGCCGCUGCCGCCAGGCCCACAAGCCCGUGGCUGCCGACGACCCAGACCUCCUGGCCAGGAGCGUGGGUGUGGACACCCAGGCUGCACCCGCCGUCGAGCUCAACCCCGUGGGCCCCUGCUUGCGUGGGGGCCUCGGCCAGGCGGAGCCCGGCAAGGCGGCCGGCCCCGGGGAGCUGGUCACCUUCGGGCCCAGCUCCAAGCAGCGGCCGGUGGUCUGCAGUGUCCCACCCCGGCUCCCUCCCGCGGCGCUGCCCGCCCGCGCCGACCACCACACACCUGUCAUCAAGAGGACCUGGACAGGCGAGGACACAGGGUUCCCAGGCACAGCCACGGUCUGGCCCCCCACCUACUCCAGGAAGGAACGCUGGGAAUACGCCCCCCCUGAAGCGACGCCUCACCGCCACCAGCCCCCCAUCCCGAUGCCGGAGCCCCCAGGCCUCUACGGGGGCUUCCCCUUCCCCCUGGAGCUGGAAAACAAGCGAGCCCCUCUCCCGCCCCGCUACAGCAACCAGAACCUGGAGGACCUGCUGCCCCCGCGGCCGUCCAGCCCCCGGGAGCACCUGCUGGCCCCGCGGCCCGGCGAGUACACGGCCGUCAGCUACUACCACCCGCGGCCGGGCGCCGGGGGGCCCUGCCUGCUCGAGGGCGGCUACAAGGGGGUGAGCGUGCGCCUCAGCCGGGCUGGGCCCUCCUACGCUGACGGCGAGGCGGGGGGCAGGCUGCCCGCCAGCCGCAUGCCCCCAGCGCCCCCCGACUACGAGGGCUCGGACCAGGUGGAGAGCGACUACGGCAGCUGCGAGGAGGUCAUGUUCUAGCUGCCCGCGUGGAGGCCACGGGCCUGUCUGGGUGGGCGCCCAGCCCGGCUGCCUGUCUCAUCUCGAGUUGCUCUUCCAGGUGGC